UGUUUACGAAUUUGAUUUAAAAACAGUUUUCAAAACAGUAGACUUUUCUGGUUUUUCAUUGCCACGGCUCUUUUAAGAGCCAGGAAUUUUAGUUUUCUCCUGUUUUGUUAUUUCGACUAGCUUUUUAAAUAACUAAAGAUUUUUUUAUACACGUUUGCAUGCUGUCCGUUCACGAGGAGUUGUGAACUGCGGCAUGCCUGCAUCCUCAUUCACAUCAGAGCUUUGUCAUUCCGUUUUGGACUGAGUUUGUUCCGAAAUAUUUUCAGCAGCACUAUGACCGACAUGCUUUCCGAUCCAGCGCUGUUUGGCGAGGAUUCUGCGGCAUCUGCCAGUCGAUCUGAUGAUGACUCCGAUCCAGAGCGGAAUGUGCUGACUCUGACGGAGAUAGCCGAUGUUCCUGCCAAUUUUGCUCACUUACGCUCGUAUAAUGCCUCGCGACGCUGCUCAGACGAAGAUUCCGUCGAAACAUUCCUAUCCGAGGAAGCAGAAGCCAGCGAAGAAGCUGGCCAGGUGUUCGUGAUGAUGGAAGGCAUGUUUCGGGUAUCAAGGAAUACGCGCGCGCAGUGGUUCCUGCGAUUUCUCAACAAGACUGUGGUUUGGGAUGCUGAGACUGAAGUCGAGCAUGAGGAUAAGGAACCGCUGGAAAUCAUAUCGUGCAUUCCUCGGCGCCCGCUUUUUCCGGUGGAAAUGCAACCAACAAGUAACCGAGUGUUUAAAAUUACUCCCCUGACAGCUGUUACUUUCCUCUCCAAAACUUAUCGGUUGGUGUUUGCUUUGGAUUUGACACCCUCUAUGGCGACCGUGUCGCUUGUGAAUGGAUCUGUUGCAUUCGAUGAGUUGUUUUCAGCACUGCAGGAAUGCCUGACCGCAAUUAGUCAACCGACGGUCAUUCCCGGCACGAAUAAACCGUUCUCCCCUAAAGUCUUCGUUACCGUGUUGGCCCACGCACCAUUUCUGAGCUCAAAUUCUGCUCCGGUUAUCGUGAAAGGUUUUAAACUGCUACCAGAAACUCUUGCGGAUUUGCUGCAGUUGAUUCGAAAAGAGCUGACUCGAUUGGAGGGAGAUGUCGUCACACGCUUAAACGAAGAAAUUCGAAGGUAUUCUCCAUUAUCCAAUGCGGAGUUAAAAAAAACCAAGCCUUUCAUGACAAUGGAUAUGACUUUGGCCAACAUUUUACGGAAAUGCUUGCUUAGCGUGCAGCUGUUGCCGGACAAUUCUUGUGGACAUAUUGUUGUGGUGACGGAUGGAAUACUGGACUUUCCGGACAUUACCGUCUUGGACCAGCUGCUGUCGCAAUUACGAACCCAUACCAUUUCCGUCUCUUUUAUUCGUGUGGCAUGCCCGGGCCAGAACGGCGCAAUGCACGACGAUCUGGGUUAUCUGUGCAAUGCGGACCUGAUGGAGUUUAUUGCGCGCACCACCACCGGGGCCUAUGUCGAGUACCAGCCGAGCGUGGUACGCGAAGAGUUUGAGGGUGUGCGGGUGCUUGGUGAACUGGAUGGGUCCGAUGCUGGGGUAUUUCAGACAGCAUUUUUCACGUGGUCCUUUCAAAGAGGAGUGGACGCUGUCCAGAAUGAACUGACCAGGCGACCGAAUACUAUGGCGAUUAUGGCUGACGUGGGAGGCAGAAUGAUGCGCCAGUUUUUAAGUAAAGCUGAGAAUAUUGAUGUAUCACUUGGUGGAUUGCUGUCCAUACGUCUGAGAGAAGGAUUCACCAUUAAAUCUAUAACAUUUUCUAAAGGGGAUACUCACAUCGAUAUUGUUCUGUCUAUGCCUUGGAAACCGGAAAUUAAUAUUGACUAUCAAAUUGGAGCCUUGUGGCCACCAACGGAACGUGGUGUCAGUGCGGAAAUUUAUGUCGAAGCGCCGUACGAAUUCUUGCUCGACUUGACCGUGGCUGCUCCCAACAAAAACAACUGUGGACCUUACCGUUUGGCUUCCUUAAAACGAUUCAGACAUAUGAUCCAAAGUCUGGAGCAGACUGAACAGUUCUUGAUUCAUUUUGAGCAAUUCAAGAGUAAACCGUCGCAUUACACGAUACCGGAAGUGAUUCGGGAAGGUAUGCCGGUGUUCUAUUUGUCACCGGACAAUCCGGAAGAUCCUGUGCUGUGCUCGAACGACCUGAUGGACUAUCCGGAUUUUACAAAUUUCUGGCGUCCAAUCUGUGUGUUGGACUCCAACCUCUGGCAUAAGUGGCUGCAUGUUCAUCGGAUUAGUCUGUUACUGGAACAUGACAAACCGCUGAGCGAAAAUAUCUUCAGCUCGCGUCGUGUGUCUACUAUUCGCUGCAGUUUUGCUUUGAAUCAGCUACGGGAGUUGCUACAGAAGUGGUGCCAGAUUGUACUGGUGGAAAACCAUAGUUACAUUCGGUUUAUUACCGAAAAUCAAGAAGACUCCGGCCCACCAAAAUCGUUUUUUAUUAUAAGAAUGGCGGUUAAGCUUCCGUGCGUGGCGCUUAGAAUGGCAUUUCUUGGUGGCACGUCUGGAAAUAUUCGACAUAAAGUGAUGUCGGAGUUGGAACAAAAAUUAGCUGCUUUAACGAUGCAAGUGAAAGAUCCCUCCGGCGAAACAAAUCUUGUUACGUGUUGUUGGAGAUUUGCUAAGCCGGUUGAGAAGAUGCUGAUACAAUAUCGUGACGUGCCUGGAGAACUGACUGCUGAUAGGUCUUCUGGAGCAAGUGUCCCGGUGAAUUUUGAGGAACGCGUUAAUCAGGCAGCAUUUCCGGUGGCGAAUCCUUUGGCGUUUCAAGCCCUUAGUCGCUUCCUACAUUGUCGACGUUAUGUUUGGCAGCUUCCAAAAAUAUGUUCGCCUACGUUAUCGUACGACGUAAUCGGCCGAGUCCUGACAGUGUUAGCCAAAAUGCGACUGAGGGAGCAGUUUAGAUUUGCCAGUACAUCCGGCGGAGUAUUUAAUCUGGUCAGGGAGGUGGAAAUGACUGAUCCGGCGCGUAUAUCGCACCCGAAGAAGAUUCCGCUUGUGGAAGCAGACAAGAACGAUUUUCUACCGUGUAUCGCUCAGUAUAUUAUUUUUCCGCCCUGUGGUAUCAGCAGUAGCCUAAAGGACGAAGAGAAAGAAGAAAGUUAUGGCGGGCGGGAUCAAAAAUAUUCUGUGGCAGUUGAAAUAUGGCUGGAACCACAGUAUGGCGUUUCGAUGGCUGAUGAUUCUGCAACAUCAUAUCUAAACGCUUUGAAGUAUCAACAAAUCCCGGACAAGAUGCAUGAUGUGGACAAAGAUCUGCUGUCGACAUUUUUGACGUUCGAAAUGUUGGCUUCCUUAUGUGGUCUUCCGGCUAAUGAAUCCAGGAAACCGUGGACAUACCCGCGUAGCUCGCGAUUUCCUAAGCUGAACUCAGACAAACAAGCCACCGUUACGAUACGAGACAACGCGGAAAUGCUGGCUUUUCCAUUUGAUAUGCCUUCCCUUUUAGCCAAGUGUAGCCGAACACGAAUGACCUUCUGCAGUUUCCGUUCCAGUUUUUGUACAACGAAUGUCGCAGAAUCUAACGACUAUCUGUUCCACUAUUUCUCGACGGAAUUACGAAAGCUGCAUACUAGGGAAGUGGAGCUGUCUGAACACGAUUGCCAUGGAAUUCUGAGACUGCUGGGUGACGGCGGUGGGCAGUCGGUGCGGAAUUCAGAAUCUGCUGAAUCGUACACCGAAGCCAACGAUAACGAUUCGGGCGAAAAUUUUCCAGUGGAAGCCGAAGUUUUGGCCAGACCGUCAUGUGAUUGGCGGUGUUUUGUUAAAGUUAUCUCCGAUCACUCAUUGGUAAUCACGUUGGUUCCUGUUUCGUAUGUCCAUUUGAAACGCAUCACCCAAGCGCUGGAUAUGGAAGAGAUUGAAGGCCCCAACAUUCCAGUGAAUCCUCUAACGGACGAUUCCAGUGCGGUUUCUUUGGGAGAAGGGGACUCCGAGAACGACGAUGUAAACUUUCAGAAUCGUCCGGCGGCACUUCCGAUACCGGUGUACAUCUUCACGUGCACAUUUUCCAGUCUGAUUGCCGUAUUGGUGGAGAAGAAGAGUGUCACCAAGGGGCUGGAUUUUGAUUAUGAUCUGACAAAGCAGUUCAACGUUCAGUACGAACGACCGUUGGGGAAGAGAAUUAGUGAAUCCAGGGGAGAUGAUAGUUUAUCAGAACGGACUUCACUGCGGUCGCUGUCCUUGCCGAAUCGAGGUGGACGAGACAUGUCCAAAAUCUGGAUGCUGUGUGGAAACAUUGAAGAUGCAUUUGCGAAGGGAUUUGUACAAGGAAUAUACAAAAGUCUACACCUUGGAUAUGUGGUUGACCCCUACGAUAUCCAGCAGGCUACCGAUGCAUUUUGCGCGGAAGUACCUGUUGAACUGGACUUGACUGAGUUUCUUCGAUGUGUUUGUCCACAUUUCAAACGACUGAUCCGCAAACGCCGGACAUCCGGUAACAGUCCACGCUCUGCCAAUUCAGUCGUGCAGCAUUUGGUUCCAGCGGAAAGCCAUAUUGCCAUUAAAGCAGAAUUUAUUAAAAUUAUCUCCCGCUGCUUGAAAAAAAUCCACAGCAAGCCAGAUACUUACUUUUUCUAUCCACCCGGUUAUCGGGAGAGUGGGGCCGAAUCAGCCAGCAGUUCGGAAGGCAAGCGCUCCGAAGAUAGUGAAGCCACGGUGGAAUUUCGUGCUAAUGAUAGUGGAAACGAAGCCGGUUUGCGGGAAAGUGUGAGUGGAUUCAGCGAAGCCGGUGAAUCAGGGAGAGGAUUUUUUGAAAAGGAUCCGGACAGUAUGAGUUUGAAUACAGGUUGCUCUGAUCGAUCGGUAUUCGGAUCUGAUACUUCGGAAAGUGCGCCCAUUGCGGAUUUGGAUGGAGAAGACGGAUUAUUGAAUCCCCUGUUCGUGACCUUUAUGUGUGUGCUUUCGGCGGGAACGAAGCACACGCUGGGUAGUUCCACGGUACAACAACUGCCAACGUGUUUGUCGGAAGUGUUUUCAUAUGUGGACACUUCUGGUAAACUGAUGGACUUCCACGAAUUGCGAAUCAGAUUGGAUGUCCUGUGUUUAUCACUACCGGAAGAAAUUCGCGACAUCCAUCCGGUUGAAGGCAGGGUUUCCAGGCGAACCAUUUCUGGUGGAAGCAGCAUGAAAGAUCUCCGCGGAAGCGAUUCUGAUUUAUCGACAAUCAACGAAGAGCAACGACCUGGAUCAUCUGAAGAUUAUCUUCACUUACCGGCUGAGCAACAUGAAAUUGUCCAGGGAAUGUUGGACAAUUUGCGAUGGCACCUGCAGGAUGAAAUAGCCUAUACGCUGUCCGUUAACGACAUACUUCCUACGGAAGAAAAUUUGCGGCUGGUUAUGGAUCACGUAAAAAACUCGAAGAAUCGUAGCACAUGUACAAUGCACGAGCAUGUUCUUCGAUUUGUGUACAACGCCGAACAGAGUUUCCAGAUGUUUGUGGAGCGCUUUGAACGCGUCCGAAUCAACAACUACCGUUUUGUGAAAGAAGGCGAAUUUUAUUAUUUGAUCAAAGCGGAAAACAGUGCUUCAUUUAAAGGAUCGCCUCUGUUGCAUAGAAGACAGUUUACACGACAAUCUUCGACUGCUUCUGAACCCUCUGCUGAAAUACGCCGACGAAUUAAUACGCUGGAAUCGCAAGCUUCACUUGGUUCGCGGCAUUCGUACUCAGAAGAUACGGCUCGUCGCAGCAGUUUGCCUGUUUACCCGAUGUAUAAACGUUCGCACGGGAUUGUUACCGCCGUUAACAAUGAGGACAUAAAGGCGUUUAGCCGAUUACCACCCAUUCGCGACAGUUCGGUAUCCGCCGACGAAGAUACCCUGAUUUUUCAUGACGGCAUUUCAGCAAUCAGCGAUAAUUCCGUUGGCGAUUAUGGCUACGAUGCGGGUAGCAGCGAAUCCGAUGAUGAAGAGGAUAAUGAGGGUAGCAUUAUGCCGAACAACGAAUUGCCAGGAUUCUGGCUGAUCUUGAACCUUACGAAGAAUGCAGCAAAUAUUUACUGCCAUGUUCGUGAGUGCGAAGUGGAUGCGGAGAAUGUGACUAAAAAUCCGCAUCGCUCAGCCGAUGAGACAUUGAAAAAACUGAAGACGAUUGAAAUGCUGACGGAAGAAACCCUCAAAAGACUGAAAGCCAUUGCCAAGGUGGUCAAUCAAGAACUCCUUUUGAAGGAUAUGUGUAGAACAUUGCGCUGUAAUAAUCUGGUUGAGCCAGAAACGUUGGACGAAGACAAGAAUGGGCACAAUCAGCAGGAUGUUUUUCGAAGCGCAGCCGACGAUGAUGAUGCCGUGGAUAGUUCGUAUUUGGAAGCUUCACUGCAUUACCUGCCUGGAUAUUUCAGCUGCGAUAUGGUUUUCCAAUACGAAUUCGUUGUACACCCACGGCUGCGUCAGGCUCCCGGGAAAUCGGAGAAAUCUCCAGGCAUUCAAGCGCUGAUGGGACUGCUGAGUAAAUUUGCUGUUAUCAACCGGAGAAACAUGUUUGUAAUUCAGGAAACCGGUAAGGAUUCUCAUGGGGCAAUUUUCUAUAUUCGAAUGCACGAAAGAGGAGCGACAAAGCGGCUGACCAGCAUGAACGAAGAUUCUGUUGUGCCGUCGCGGAUUGGCUCGGUUGGGAAAGAUCUGGAUUUGAUUUCUAAUACAUCCAACGAGAACACUCCGCGCUCGGUAACCUUUGAGGAUGGGGCAUUUGGAGAACAUUUCAACCGGCCUCCCAUGGACACAAUUUUGUUAGAAUUCUACGGAAUUUCUCCUGUACCGCCUGAAAUAACUAAUGAACUAAUUCUAGCGCUGCAGAAUCGGUUGGAUGAACAAGUUUUGAGUCAGUUAAUUGUGACGCUGACCAGGAACGUUGGCUCCAAGUUUACUGGAGAAGAUGUAAAGUUUUUGCAGCCAGAUCGAACCGCUGCCACUGAAAUUUUGGAUAUUAAACUUCCCGGUGAAAUUCAUACUGCACCACAACAAGUGGCCGUCUUCCAUUACCUGCUGCAGAACUUGGGAUCGUUUCUGCAUGGGCCAAAGUACUCGCAGACCGAUCCUGGGAAGCAUUUCCAUUAUCUUGAUCCCGCAACAGAGGAGUGGAAAAUUGCUGACGACGAGGCUUCCUUUUUUACCAUUCGGCCUCACGAAAAGGGUGGUAUGGGAUUUGGUUUUAUCUAUGUGCAGCUGCUGCCGCAGACAACACAAAGCCCUCUGCCAUCGGAAAACGUUAACGUGGAAGAAAUGUUUCAAGAACUGGUGAAGAUCCGUUCGGUAAAGACUGGAGGAAAUAUCCGGUUCCUGGUUUGGGAGAAGGGUAAUGUUGAUCGCGCGGGUUUGUUGGAUAAAUUGCGUCAUUCAGUACGAUAUGCACUUUCUGAUUUUUGGAUGGAGCAUAAUGUAUGUCCGGCACUGGCUGCUCCCGGAAAUAAUGUGGCCGCUGCGCGCACGAAAUUCCUACGGACCUAUCUGCACGCAUGCUGUGAUAUCAAGGCGUACGCCUUUGCGUCCCACCUUUACCUGCUGCCAAUGCGACACAGCGCUGAUAUUGUUUGGGAUUUUGUUCUGAAUAUAAUUAACGGGCUGAAUCUGGGUCUUAUACUUUCUGCGACCGCUUGCUUGCGGGAUGCGGCUGGAGUGGAGACGCAUAACUCUGAUUUUACACUGGAACCACCGAAAUCGUUGCGGGAAUUUGUAUCGCCACUUCUAAAGAAUCUUCCUCCUGGAAAUUUCGCAGUUGUGUCUGCGCUGGGUUUGACAUCCGAAGAAGACGGCGAAAAACGCUCGCGAAGUACAUCAGUGGAUGCACAUAGUGUUAGCGAUGAAAAGACGAAGAAAAGUUCGAAAAAAUUUCUGUCUCGUACCGAUCACCACGGAACGGCAAUUGCUUCGCGAACGCGGUUGCUGUUUAUUGAAUUGCACGAUACCGACUUAACGGUGUUUUUUUACAAUUUUUCACCGGAAUCCCAGAUGAGCUUAGAGAAAGCCAUCGGUCGAUUGCUGGAAUGGCAACAUGAACGAUACCGUUUGCUGAAUAACAUGUUGCUCCAGAAGUGCGGUGUAUUUCAACCGAUGAAGGAAUUCGAAAGCCAUGGAUCUCUGGAAUAUCCAAUGUUUCAUGUAUCACCAUUCCAAGUGGAUUAUCUGAUCAACUAUGCUAAUUUUCCCUCAAAAGACAAUCUAAAGAAUAUGCAAAAUCCCAAACACCAAAUGACGGGAAUACUGUUUGAAGCGACAAUGGACAGCCAUUUUCCGGGGAAAUUUUUUGCCGAUGAAGCCAACAUGGCGUACACCGAUCCAGUUCUGUACCAUGGAAAGCAGUUUUGCGAAAUUCGAACGAAAAAACGCCGGUCGAACGAUGUGCGGGCUCGUUUAAGGAAUUUGUAUGAUUUAUGGCAUCGACGUGGACGACAGCCAAUUUCUGAGGAGGUGCUGUCUCUGCUGAAAAUGAACGCGAAACCGGUACAUUUCUGCGCAUCGCCAUUGAUGUUUGAUCCACAGUGGAGAAGGAGUCUGGGAACACGGUUUCCGGAUCGACAAUUAUUGUGUUCUUCUCCCAUUCAACGAGGUGUCGCUGAUGAAGAGCCUAUUUCAUCAUCAGGAAGCCGUUCACGGCACAAUUCCGGUAUUUUACCUGUCGUUAAGAAAGAGAUCAAGCCGGCAGCGCAUUCUGAGCCAUCUUCACGCAAGCCUUCCGGUUCUACCCAAGAUCAGCAGUGGCAUUCACAGAUACGAAACCUUUUAAUGCAGGAGUAUGUGGAAUAUCUGCAGUACCAAGGAUUUACCAUCGUAUUUUCCAGACCGGCUUCGCCACCGCGACAUGUGAAAAAGAGCCCCCAAAGCGGUACACGGGCUGUAUCCGGCGCAACAUCACCGAUUGCUAAUCUCGACACGAACACGGCUGCUACUGCUGCUAUUUCGCCCCGGUUUACGCCAUCGGUGACGUAUUUACAGCGGUGUGUUCCAGGCGGUAUGAUUCUUCUGGAAUUGUUCUUCGAGGAACCGUUCUUUUUUUGUCGCAUGUUUGCUGUGGACCGAGUGAAAUUUUCUGAUGAUUUCUCCAUGGUCGGAAAUGAUCCGGAUAAGGCCAUUAUUAAUUUGCAAAGAGAAGUGGACAGACUGAAAGUGGCCAUGCAUAUGCAUUCAUUCCUGUACGACUUCCAUCUGCGCUCCAUUGCGCAAUAUGUCUCGGGAAACCAGAUGCGACUGAAACCGGGUUACCAUAUCGUCUCGUUUUUCGAUGAUUUCGGAAAUUAUUAUCAGAAAGCACCGAGCUACGCGAAAAGCUGUUUCCAGACAGGUGCUGUGGUGUUGACUGUGGGCAGCAGUAUUCCCGCGGCGCAGUUAUACAACUACAUUUUGGCGCAUGAUAAGCAGUACGAUUUGUAUGCGGUUCCUAUGGAUUCGUUAGCUCUGGAAGACAGCAGCGAAACGUCUUUUGCGCUGGCAUCACGCGGCGUAGCUAACUCCACACCGGAAGGCUUUGAAUGCACGUAUAUUGUCUAUGCGGACACACACGAAGGAGUGGACGCCCUGAAUCCAUCGACACUGCACUUGCGGUAUUACAUUAUACUGACCAGCACGAAGGAUGGAUAUUCAACGGAUUACCUGGAAGAGCGCUUUGGUUCUUUUAAAACGCUCCCACCACCACGGCGCCCUCGCAUGUCCACCAUAGAUGUACCUAAAAUGCGCAGUGAUUCGCUUACACAAUCGAAACUUACCGUUCCGGAAAAUCUGGAUGCCAAAGCGAGUUUAGUAGCAGCUUUCCCCAAUUUUCUGUAUAUCGGUUAUUUCAGCCGGCUGGAAACGGAACUGAACACGAUGGUGGAAAAUCAGCGUUCGGUGUUGGAAGCAUUUAUUAAGAAAGCUUUACAACGGGCUAAUAGUGACUGCAUUCGGGACACGUUGUGGCAGCGGCUGUCGGGGGUCAAGAGCGAUGACGAACACACCAGGCGAAGUCAAGGGAAUGUGGUACGGAGCCGUGAGAAUGAUGGGAGCUCUUUGUCGAUUAUUAGCAAAGUGAACACUGAGCAGACGCGAUCAGUGCCGAAAUUAUCCGUGGCGGAAUUUGAGGAAUUGGUUAACCAUGUUUACCGUCUGCCGAUUAUCUCCUGGGAUUCGCAGUUAUCAAUUUUCUUCCAAGGAAACCCUGCUUGGUUGAACGGCCUGCUUUUGACCAUCAAGACAAAUUACUGGGAAACACAGCGUCAUUUUGUUACACACCACGGAGCGUCUAGUGUAGAACACUUGGUAAUUGUUUCGCCGUUGUUAACCGAUUUGGCUGUUCAUCUGGCGCUGAAAAAGGAGAACACCAGUAUUGACGCCCAUGUGCUUUCUCGAUCUUCUGUCAGUAUUGCUGAUCUAAAGAGGAACGCGACAUUCAUCGCUUUUAUGGAGGGAUUUGUUAACGUUUGCUGUUUUCAUAUGUGGAAAAAUGUAUUAUCUACUUAGGCUCAAGUUAGCACUUUCGUUCGAAUUCUAUUUUUUUCCAAAUCGAUUUCCUCGUUCGUACAGGGAGUUCUUAUUCUACAUUGAUUUUAUAACCGUGGUUGCUCCAGACGGUAUUUUUACUAACUGUGAUAAUUUUAACACGUGACACUAAUUGUCCGAUUUUUAGUUUUUGCCGUAUUUGUUUCGGCUUAAUUGAUUAUGUUUCUUGGAAUUUUAUAUUUUCGUUUACAGCUGCUGCUGGUAAAUGGGCUUUAAUUUUAAUAAAAUGGUUUUGGUUUACUGCAAUUUUUGCUGAGAAACUAAUUAUGAAAUCUGGUUAUUAAAGGUAAAGAACGACA